CAAUGCAUGUUAUGCUUGUACCAGAAAUAGGUCAAGAAGCUCUGCUGCCAGGACUCAGAGAGAUUCUAGAGCUGUAUGUGCUGCAAUUAAAAGCCUGUGUUUGACACCUUCUGUAAAACCGAAGUCUAAUUUGGGUAUUGAGAGCAUGCCAUCAGAAAUGCUGAUAAAGAUAUUUUCCUAUUUGGAUGCUGUGUCCCUGUUGGCUGUUGGUUGUGUGAAUAGGUACUUUUAUCAUCUGGCCAAUGACAAUGGAAUCUGGCUGAAAAUCUAUUCCAGUUGUUUUCAACCAAAAAAGGCAAUUUGGAAAAUGAAGUCUGAACAAACAGAAACUGUUUCCUUGGGCUGUGCUGCUCUACAUGGUAGAAAGCCUGGGUACUGGAAGAAAGAAUAUAUCUUCAAACAAAUAGCUGUUGUCAAAACUAGAGUAAUGCAACUUGUUAAACCUGUAGAUCCAUAUACAGGUCUUCCAUGUAAAAACAAAGAAGCUAUGAAAGCCUCUGGCUUGAGUUGGAUAAUUGUUCUAAAGGACAGAAAUGGAAAGGAACAUGUAAUGGAGGAAGCAAGCCUAUCAUUUAAGGAUACAUCUGUUACUAUACUUUGGUAUAGUACAGACUGGCCACGCUUAGACAUCCUGUCAACCCUAAAAUUAUUUGGGGUUAUACCAUUGCUUCCUGACCAAAGCAGAGCUCGCAGCAAGAAUGGACCUCGUCAUCGUUCCUUAAUUGCUGAAUAUCAUAUUGCUAACCUGACUGAAAGAAGUGUAGAAGUUGGUGCCGAUAAGCUUGUCAGACUCUUCUGUCUGAAUUCAGGACUUGUAGUAGGACUUUGGAAGGAGAAAAAUGAAAUUGCUUUUGUUAUGACGAGUCUUCAUUAUCAUCAGCUUUUUGAGAGAAGCACUUUGGGUUCUGCUGCUGUUAAAUAUGCCCUUCCACCUCAUAAACCUCUAUUGGAUGAUGUUGACCCAGAAUAUGGACUACAUGACUACAGUCUACAUCUUGAUAUGCAUGGUAGAAGCUGCACCUACCUGUGUGGAACAUUUAAGAGCCUCUUCUGCAGAAAAGGUGACAUUGCAGAUGAAUAUUUGAAGCUCACAGCUGUAAGCUUAAAGGAUAAUACAAAGCACUUACCUCUUAUUGGGACACCUGGCUUAUCCUGGGAAACUGAUGUGUUUAAAGGCAAUGUAAAGGACUGCUAUGUGAUGGAUGUUACUCUCUUGGAUGAAAUUGGAAAGCCCUUCUGGUGUUUCAGUGCCCCAGUCUGCAUGGAUCUGUCUUCCAAGGCAUCUGGUCUUUAUGAUUACAUGGGUCCUAUCUAUACCACAGACUAUGCAGAUUCAGAGGGUAAAGUCUGUGUUGAGUUGGUGUGGUUGGAAGAAACCAGUGAGUAUUUUAUAGUCAAUUUGGUGCUUUAUUUAAGCACCAAAAAGGUAAAUGACUGGUUUGGAACAAAUUACUGACUUAACUACGUUAGUAGUUUCCUGUAAGCAAGACUGUUCCUGCAAAUUUUUCAGUAGCAAGUGCAAUUGUAUUUUCGGGUGUUUUAAAUGACAUUGGAUGGAUUGAAGAGACAUGUAAAUAAGUGUUUUUCUUCUGUGUUGGACAUCACAUGGUUAGUCUGUUUCUGGUACUGGGUAUAGUUAGAUUAUUUUUAGGAAUAUCUUCUUUACAGAUGCUUGUUACCUUGGUUAAUGUUUCCUGUGAACACCAUACUUACUUCAUGUGAAGGUGCCCUAUUACAUAAGCCACAGUUUUUUUUGAGAACACUAACUUUUAUGUCUAGCAGUAAAACAGUAUGUGUGCUGUUCCCUUCAGAUUCCUUAGAGUGUUAUUGGUAAAUAACAGGUUUCAAAAGGUUUUGUUAAAUGAAGAAAUACUUAUUUUCUUUUAUCCAAAAAAUACCUCAGUGUAUUCUAGUAGAGGAUUUAAAAGGCACACAGAAAGUCACAGAUCUGAACAAUAUGGCAUUUAAGGCAUUUGUUAAGAAAAUAGAAUAUCUACUAUGAAAUUUCUUUAAAUUCCUUUUUGUUUCGUUUUCUAUUGUUCUGACCUCUCUGAUUUGACUCUUGAUACUUGCCUCGUAUACUGGCCUAUUAAUAAGCAUCCCAGUUAUCAGCACAGCUGAACUGAUACCUGCUCUUACUGACUGUACGUACUAUUCAGUUAUUUUGGAAACAAUGCAUUUUUGGUACCAUUUAUCUAACAGUAAGUAUUCAUAUAAAAAUGGAAUGUAUGUGCCUGAUCUUUCAGGUUCCUUGAAGUAACUUUAGGACCAAAUCUUCUACUCCUGGUACAAAAAAAUCCCAGGAUGACAUGAUAAUUGGACUCCAGUCUCAUUUCAUACCAUGUUACAAAUCACAGCAAAUUUGUGUAGUUUCACAGUAGUCUGUUAAGAAAAAAAAGCACAAUAUUGUUGACUUCUGUGACUUUAUUAUGGUAGUGAUUACCUUAAAAAUAAUUUCUCUCCUUUAUUUAAGUACAUGAAUUGAUUCAUGCAAGCAAUGUUCAUGUGUAAGCACUUGUGCUUUGUACUACAGAGACAGUAGCAGAUCUGUACUAUAGUGUUUCUUCAUGUAACUUUUAAAGAUAAUAAAGGCUGAUUCUGUUCUA